UUGGUUUCUUCUUGGGCCAUCCGUCGGAUGGUUCAUUACCUUCUGGAUUCUUCCGUGAGAAGGAAACGGGGAGCAAGGAUGCGGCGCUCCCAUCGCACUGCCGCUUCCAGCAAGACUCGGGGCGUCGACGUCGUCCCGAUCUGUUCAUCUUCUGAUCAAGAGGGGCUGGGGUCCGAUUCGGACGAUGACGAAAAGGUAGAGGACGACGAUGGAGAGGAGGAGGAGGAGGAGGAACAAGAUGACUCUGAUGAUGAAGACUACAUCGAUACCGAUUGUGACGGAGUUUUAGAAGAAGAGGAUGAGAAGGCUCCUUCGAGGUUAUUCGAGGAAGACGAUGAGGAGAAUGCACUGGAGACAAAACCGAACGAUGAAGAGCGGUGCAGGAAAGUGGUCGAUCUUUUACGAUGGAAGCAAUCUUUAGAUACUCUGAAGCUGGGAGAGUGUAAAUCCUAUUUGCGGAGCCAUGGACUUCGACUGAGUGGAACCAAAAGUACAUGUGUCAGUAGAAUUUUGGAACACUGGAGGCUAAAAGAUGGAAAUGGUGAGAUUCUGUAUCCAUGGUCUUCUUUUUUUAUAAACUGCACAGGCGAUGUAUGUAAAGGAGAUGUUGUCCGUUUUAGGCAGAGAGUUUAUGAUAAAUUUACAAGAAGGACUAUAAUUGGAAAGCGAACAAUUGCAGGACGAGUUGUGAAGGAAAGUUAUGGUGCAGCCAAACAACAACACACAUUUACUGUUGAAGUACUAUGGUCUAGAGGCAAAAAUGCACUACCUCCCAUGUUUCCUUUACUUGUGAAGGGGCGCAACCUUUACAGACUAAAGACUUUCCGCCAGCCUUGGAGCAAUGAGCAGGAGAGAUCCAAGGUUCUUGCUGAAAAGCAUCAAAGGGGAGCAGUGGCCAGGCAUAUUCGAAAAAAUUCAAAAGCUAUGUCCAUGAAUGGUGGUUCAAGGCACCACCAGGGAAGCUCCUUUGAUGCUAAACUAAAUGGUAAGAAAAGAAGGGGAGAACAGUCUAGGGAUAUUUCUGGCAGAAAGAAAAAGAAAGUUGCUGCCAGUUCACGUAAGGUUCCUUGUGAAAAUACUUCAAGUCAAGCCCAUACAGACACGGUGGCAAGAAAUUUCGAUCCAUCUUAUAAUGUUCCGAGGCAAGCAAUUAAUAAUGGAGGUUCAAGGCCCUACAAGGGAAUCUCCUCGGAUGCAAAUAAGCAGGCUAACUGGACAAGAAAUGCCAGUUUGCACAACGUUCCUCAUGCCAGUACUUCACGUUCAGCUCAUUUGAAUGUGCAAGACGCUAUGACAAGAAGUUUCCAUCCAUCCUACAAUAAUCGGAGGCAAGGAAUUAAUCAUGGAGGCAGUACUUAUCGGCAACACCCUGUCUCAUUAAGGAACGCUUUCUACGAUCAUAAUACACGUUUGGAGUUACUUCAUCCUACUGCAGCACCUCCUCCGACGAACCCAGGGAUUGCUUAUGCUCCUACUCAUCGUCGAGAUGGUUCCUUUGGCAUGACUAGGGCAUCACACCUUCCAUCAAACAUGAGGUAUCAGUUUAACCAUCCUUAUGCUAGCGUGGCUUCUUCAGUAGAUCCAUGGACAGAAAGCCAGCAUUGGCAACGGCCAUGAGCAUGGUCCUAGAAUACCUCCAGCUAUACAAUUUCAGAGGUUUAGGAGUCCUUGAAGUUACUCAUGGCAGUUUGAAUGCCGUGUAUCAAGUUGAUCAACGGAUUGACAGUUCGGUUCUGAUUUUGGGCAAAUAUUGCAUGACGACGUCGAGAAUUAGCAUUUAUUGUCUCGAGUUCAGACCAAGGCUCAAUACAUGAUGGUUAAUUGUCAAGCUUAUUUCAUAUGAUCGUGUCUGAAGAAAAAAGCUGAUAGAACAAAAAACAUAACGAGGUACAUGACAGUUCAGUUC